AUGGUGAAAAAGCUUCACUUGAAUGAAGAGCGGCAGGAUAAGGGAGAUAGAGAGCUAAUUCAACAGUUAAAUUGUUAUGAGAGAAGAUUAAGGGCUUGGAGGCUUGAAAAUCAGCAGCAGCAGCAGGAUAUUAGAGCGUAUUUUGCUUCCAAAAUUGAUUCGUUAUAUAGAGGCUUUACUGUACCACGCUCCACGGUCCUCGCCGUCCUUCGAUCCACACAACUUUCACAAGACUUGGAAAUCGAAUGCAGGCGGAAGAAUAUUUUUCAACAAACUGUGGCCAAUUUAGCUGCAUCGCUUGCCAUGCUCCGGUGGCAACCGAAACUCAACUCACAUUUUAACCCGUUCCCCACUACCUAA